UCAAAAACUAAUCAAAGAAGUCUUGAAAGCCCUGGAGUUGCUGAAACAUUUUCUAUUUCACCUAUCUUUGAUAUUGUUGAAUCAUAUGAUAAAUAUUUAGCCAAAUGUCCUUCUGAUACUGAUCCUCAAUUCUAUCUACAUCCUAUAAAGGAAUUUAUACGAUUAGUAGAGUCAUGUGAUAUUGAUAUUUCUGGUUGUAAAAUAUCAAACCAAACUGGGUGUAAAACUUUGAUCCAACUUUUAAAAUCUCUUGGUUUAUCUGAUUAUGAAACAAUAUCAAUUUCAUGUCACAAAUCACAAAAAGG